AUGAAUAACAAGUAAUUCAAAAAAAAAAGAAUACAUGAAGUUAACUAUGCUCAAAAAGUAUUGAACUCAAUCCAACCUGAUAUUCAAAAUAUCAAAUUGAAUUAAAAUUUAUUUCAUGCUCAAUAAGUAGCAAGACAUUCUUCAACUCUAAUUAAGGAUAUUCAAAAAGAUGUUAGAUAAACUCUCAAAAAAUAUGAUUCAUAAUAUAAGUUAAGUGAAUCAAACAGAAAAUACACAUUCACAGAUUCUGCAAGAAAAUAUUAAAGUGAAAUUCCUCAACCAACAUAAUUAUCAACAGAGAAAGAAUUGGAAUCUUUAAAGUAAUAAUAAAAAAUCUUAGUUACCCUAUUGAAUAAUCUCUAAAAAUAGGAAUAGCUUAUAUUAAACUAAUCUACUUAACGUCAAGAACAAUAACCAUAAUUAUAAUGCAUAGAUAAACAAUGGUACUAAUAAAAAGAAAAACAAUUAUUAGAUCUCAAAAAAAAAUAAGUCUAGAUAAGCUAACCUUAUAAAAAAAAAAAUGAUAAAGCCGAUGUUAUUUAAUUAGACAUAAGUAAACUUAAAAAAUCGCCUCAUAAUAAGUCAAAUACAUCCCAAAAUUUUUUUAGUUCGCGUGAUAAAGAUAUCAAACUUUCUAGCAUUCCUAGUCUGAAAUAAACUAAAGCUUAUACAAAAGCGAAUUAAAAACAUUCGGUUUCCCCAAAAAAAUGGGAGUAAUAUGGAGUAAUAAAUAAAAAAAAUUAAUAAAUAAGUUCAAAAAGCAUUAACAAAUUUGAACAACAUAUAUAUCAAAACGAAAAUAAUCUUCAUCACAGUGAGAAACUGAAAAAAGGAUUGGAAAUCAAAACUGAAACUAUGAAUCCAAGAGAUUAUCAAUAUAACAAGGAGUUUUCAAAUGAUCUAAAUGAUUUAAUAUACCUAAUUGAUGAUUUGAAUGAGUUUAAUAAAAAAUCUAAAAGAUUUUCAAUUUAAAAAUGA